GUACAUUUUCUAGCUUAAGAAUUUGCUGUUUGUAUGUGCAAAUAUGGAACUUUCUUGUUAAACUGAUCAGAUGAUUAAGAUCGAAGUAAUCAUUUGCAUUGCUCUCUGAAAUAAUUUAUUCUGACUGGUCAAUAAUUGCAUUCUACUGUCAUAUAUUUUUGUAAAUGAACACUAAACUGUGUAAUGAUCAUUGUCACAGGCAACCGAUUUCCUACAUAGCUGUGUUAGCUUCAUGUCUUUCAUAUCAUUCUGCUGUCUUUUUUUUUCCUCACAUGAAACUCAAGUCAAUAUUUCAUGUUCAUCACUUUUUUUGGUCAUCAAUUUAUUUGGUAAGUAGCCAUAUAAUAAGCGGGUUAAAGUACAAAUAGCCGGUCAUUAUUGGAAGAAAAAGCUGAGCACCCUGUCAGGGUUUAUUUUGUGAUAUUAACUGACUGACUGCACAUAGUCUCUUACAUAUAGUUCACCCAAAAUGAAAAUUCUCUUGUCAUUUACUCACCCUCAUGCCAUCCCAGAUGUAUAUGACUGACUUUCUUCAGCAAGAACACAUGUAAAGAAAAAUAUCUUAGCUCAGUAGGUUUUUAAAAUGCAAGUUGAUGAUGAUCAGACCUUUUAGGUUCCUAAACGUAUAUACAGUCAGCAUAUACAUCAUCCAUAUGACUCCAGUGGUUAUAUUAAUGUUUUCUAAAGCGAUGUGUAAUUUUUAACUCCUGGUUGUACCAUAGUUGGGCCCUUUUUACAAGUGCUAGCGCUAAGCACUACCUUAUACAAUAAUUAAUAUACCCAGUCAAUGGGCACUAGUAAGUCUAGGAACAAGUGGAUAUGGUAAAAUUGCAGCCGCAAAGCACUAAUGUGCUGGGUUAAGUGCAAUUUAUUUCUAAGGUUCUUCUCCGGUUAUUGCACCAUCUGCAUCCUAUUAUGUAGUCCAUUCCCUGUCAAGCACCAGCGAGAUAAACCAAGAUGCUCAUAAGAAGCUUGUAGUGUAAUUGCGCUGUAUGCAAUGAAUCAGAAGAACAGAAAUAUGGACUUAAGUUCUUUUGUGCUUUAACUGCGUCCUAAAUGUCGUGUUAAAUGUCAGGCAAAUUUCUAUGGCUGUGACUAGCUCCUUUUAUAUGCUUGGAAAAUGGGGUUCUCGUCAGGAUUGUAUGUAGGCUCUGUUGAAUUCAAGAGAAUGUAAGUAUUAAUAAUCAUAUUGAUCAAGUGAUUCACAAAUCAUGGCUUGUAUUAACAGUGAUUGUAUUCACUUGUACCUGUUGAUUUUGCUUUAAAAAUUCAAUUAAUCUAUUGGUAUACAAAAAAGAAUUUAAAACAAAAUGAAAAUAUUAUCAAAAUAACAAAAUUGUCAAAAAAUCCUAUAUAACGACCUUCUGAAAAAUCAAAACAUUUUACCCUCUCCAACUUCUUCCACUGGCCUCUUUUGCAGUGACUUAAAAAUCACUCUACGACUACAGGUGAAAAGAUUUGUUGUUGCUUGUUGCACUGCCUGUCACGUCAAAACAAUGGAGUCCUAUACCUGGAGAAAGUGUACUGUUAAUCACUGUGAAUAAUAGCAUCUGAUAAAUGACCACAAAACUAUCCAACAUUCCAAUAAAUCAAAUAAAUGUUGAGUCACAGUUAAGGUUGGCUAUAUUUGUAGGCAUAAGUGAUGGUAAUAUUUAUGUUAAACAAUGUAAGACCUUGUUGCACUGGCCAGAGUGUCGUCAGUAUUUUACAAGCACAGAUAAUAAUUAUGAGAAACAGAAAUGGUCUCUUAUUCACAGUACCAGCUGUCACUUUGGGUUAGUGGCCAUUUUGAACAUUUAAUGUCACGUGCCUUCUUGCUCGGAGCCAAGGUGUUUUAUUCCACUCCCCUUGGCAGUAUCUUAGAAGAUAUUUAACUCCUGGCAGAACAGUGAAUGACAUAAUUGCAUGUAGAUCAAAUUUGUCUAACUGAACAAUAUUCAGUCACACACACAAAACACUGUGUGUUUUCAUUGUAUUCUGAUUUGCCAGGCCAAUUGAGUCUCUCUGGGGGUUACAUUGAUGUUGAAAUUGAUGCUGGCAGUUCCUGCUCAGAAGCAUGCCACAAACUCAGGAUCUUAUAGUAUGCUUAAGCUUUAUCAAAUAGAAUUUGGUUAAAUCUCUAUAGGUCUAAACCCUCUUUAGGAUGAAUAAGUGUGUUUGUGGUAAAACAGGAGAAUUGAAGUCACUACUUGAGUAUUAAUCUGAAGGACUACAGCUAUUGUAAAUGGGCAGUUUUACAGUAAUUUAACCCUGAACCCAGUGGAUAGUGUGUUUAUUACAAUCAGCAAAUGAAACACAUGAUAAGAUAUCUGUGCUUUCAUGGCCUCUGGAAUAGGAGUCCUUUUCAUUGUGGGCAAGUCAUGAUGUGGGUCCGAAUCCGGAACAUGGUGACCUGCGUAGCGUGGGUUAUAGCAACUUCAUACAGUCUGAGGCUGCUUUUCCACUGCACAAAGUCACUCCCAAUGCUAGGGAACCGCUUGCCCCGCGCUGCUGUCAAUUUUACAAUCCACCUUGCGAGCUUGAUGCUCGGCUUCCAUAGGAAGGAAUUGAAAGCGCUCGCUCACAUUCGCUCAGCACGCGCCAGUGGAAACAUACAACAAGAAAGCCAAACUGCUAGUGUUUUUAGCAACACGCAUGUCUAGAUGUAGAACACCGGCUAAAUAUCGAAAAUUACUCAAAAGCUUAUCGUCGUUAUCGUGGAGUUUUUUUUAUUUUUAUUGCAAUAAAUAUUGAUACCGUUUUAUCGCCCAGCACUACUUGUACCUUGCCCAAGCACGAUUGUUCCCCCUCUGCUCUCCCCCGCUGGCCUGCACUCACAUUGCACUUCAAGUUCCAGGCCUGAGCAAACUUGCGUUAUUAUGAUGUGACUUUUUGUUUUGAAGAAAACGGGAAGAAAAGCAGAGCAUAAUGUCCAUCAUUGUAACAUUACUUGUUGUGAGUUAUUUUGAGUCGUGUGGGGCGCAGUGACACAGGGCCCUCUCACAUGCCUAAUUGUCGACAGCAUCAUACGACUGGGAUUUAUCCUUUUCAUCUGAGGAGCUGUCAGAUUUACGGAGUGCAUUCCGUAACUUCAGAAUCUGAACCCGCAGUUUUUUCAGCUUGAAACUUUAUUGUUCUGGUUCUUUGGUAUCCACAAGCAUGAAGAUAGUCGUGGAUAUUACCAAAUAUCUCAGUUCUUAUGUGUUGUAUCCAGUUGUUCCUGUAUACUCUCGUCUGCCCAAAUUUCCAGUAAACACUGCACCUAAUCCUUAGACUAUUGUGAUCCCUUUGUCCAGUCGCAUCAUUGAUGUCAUGUUUCAUGCUCUGUUACGGUUAACGAUCACACUAGGUGCAUUCCGUGCCUGAGCCAACUGAAUCAUGCCCAAGCCCACCUCUUCAAGUGGGCCAAGGCACAGUUCAGUGUACCCGGCACAGUACGGAGCAAUCACACUAGUCAAACAAACUGGACUUUGGGGGUCAAACGUGAUAGCAACAGAUAGCCUAGUGUCUGAGUAAGGAUUUACCGAGCAAUAUCAACGGGAUGGCUCAGUUCCAGGAAGUGAUGCGACAACAGCUGGAGUGCUCUAUUCAUGCUGAGCUGGAGAAGCUCUUGAGUACAGUCAAAGGCAUAGAUGCCGAGGUGUCCAAGAAGGACUUUGAAGGCUUUAGGAAGUUAUUCCACCGAUUUCUCCAGGUGAAGGGACCUUCAGUUGAGUGGGCAAAAAUCAACAGGCCUCCUGAGGACUCUAUCCAGCCUUAUGAUAAGAUCAAGGCAAAGGGUCUCCCAGACAACAUAGCAGACAGUCUGAACAAGCUUGUGGUGGUGAAGCUGAAUGGAGGUCUGGGAACCAGCAUGGGCUGCAAAGGGCCCAAGAGUCUCAUUAGUGUCCGUAAUGAGAACACUUUUCUUGAUCUAACUGUCCAACAGAUUGAGCACUUGAAUAAAACUUAUAAUGCUGAUGUUCCACUGGUGCUCAUGAACUCUUUCAACACGGACGAAGACACCAAGAAGAUCCUACAGAAAUACACACACCACAGAGUCAAGAUACACACUUUCAACCAGAGCAGGUAUCCACGGAUAAAUAAGGAGUCACUGUUGCCGGUUGCUAAGGACAUGGGUAUGACAGGAGAGAAUGCGGAUGUGUGGUAUCCUCCUGGUCACGGUGACAUUUACAGCAGUUUUUUUAACUCUGGUCUGUUGGAGCAGCUCAUCGCUGAAGGGAAAGAAUACAUUUUUGUCUCUAACAUCGAUAACCUGGGCGCCACUGUAGACCUGUACAUACUGAAUCACCUGGUGGGCCAUCCCAAUGGCAAACGCUGCGAGUUCAUCAUGGAGGUCACAGACAAGACCAGAGCAGAUGUUAAGGGAGGUACACUCAUUCAGUAUGAUGGUAAGCUUCGGUUACUGGAGAUUGCGCAGGUUCCGAAGGCUCAUGUUGAUGAAUUCAAAUCGGUCACAAAAUUUAAGAUCUUCAACACUAACAACCUGUGGAUCUCCCUGUCUGCCAUAAAGAGACUGCAGGAACAAAAUGCCAUGGACAUGGAGAUCAUAGUCAACCCUAAGACUCUUAAUGGGGGUCUGAAUGUAAUUCAGCUGGAGACUGCAGUGGGCGCUGCCAUCAAGUGCUUUGAUAACGCCCUGGGCAUCAACGUGCCCCGCAGUCGCUUCUUGCCUGUCAAAACCACAUCUGACCUUCUAUUGGUAAUGUCCAACCUGUACAGCCUGGAGGCAGGCUCUCUGACCAUGAGUGAGAAGCGUGAGUUUCCCACUACUCCUCAUGUCAAAUUGGGCAGCUCCUUCACCAAGGUUCAGGAAUAUCUCACACGAUUCGAGAGCAUUCCAGACAUGCUGGAGCUGGAUCACUUGACGGUGUCUGGAGAUGUGACAUUCGGAAAGCAGGUUUCUCUGAAGGGAACUGUCAUCAUCAUAGCUAACCAUGGAGACCGAAUUGACAUUCCAGCUGGCUCCAUGUUGGAAAAUAAAAUUGUGUCCGGAAACCUUCGGAUCCUGGACCAUUGAUGUUGCUGUUAUGUGAGCUGGAUGCUUCAUCACAUGGCCUAUCCACACCUGCCACUCUCAGAGUCUCCAUCAGUGGAGCUAAUCACAGCAUACACUGCCACCAAUACCAUAAACAAUUUCCACAUCAUUCCAGAGACAUUUAUUUUUGUAGUAGUCUGGGUCUUUUGUGUUUUCUUUUCCUCCUAUUUGUGUUUUUGUCCUUUAAUAGUCCAUAGAUCUGUCUGUAUCAAAAGAUUUCACUUUAUGUAUGUAACAUUAGCACAAAAAUUCACAUCAUUGUGUUAUAUUUGUUUUUGUUUUUACUCUGAGAAUGCACUACUUGCUCAAAAAUGUGAAGGAAAGAGUGGAUGAAAGAGGGGUAAAGCAAUGAAUGACCUGCAACAGUGAAGGUUGACGGUUCUGUCAUUACAUUCUAGAGACCGUUCUAGAUCCUAAAAGUUCUGUAGAAAUAAAUAAAGUGCAAUAUGAA